AUCAGUCGUAUAGUAAAUUUAUUAUCGACUAAACUUGAACUUGGGAGUCCAAUAAUUAGCUUGUAUUUGCUGAACAAUCCUGACCAUUACACCAGCCACCAUUUUAUUCCUUUUUACUGGAGAACAUAUGUCUCUACAGCUAGAUCAGUCUUUGAGGAGAAUGAUGCUACUUCUGAACCAAAAGUAAUUCUUACAAAACGUUGGGGUAAAAUUAUAGGCUUAUCCUCCUCAUUAGACUAUACUCACCGUCCAGUACAACAUGCCCAUUAUAAUCUCUAUGACUGGAUUUGCUGUUUCUAUAAAACUGCAAAAAACAAAAGUAAAGAAGUUAUUGAACAUGAUCCUGAACUAAUAUCUUCCAGGUCUUCCAAAAGCAAUAAACAACUCCUAUUUUUACCUGGUCACCCCUUAGUUGACACUCAUGCUAUUGCUACUAGACAAGACUCAUCUAUGGCUGUGCCAAACUUUGUGGGCUCUCUCCCUCGCCCUGACAAAGAUGAUAGAGAAUAUUAUUGCUGUACUAUGUUGACAUUGUUCAAACCUUGGCGAUCAGGUGAAGACUUGAAGAACAAAAAUCAAUCUUGGCAUGAGGCCUUUGAAGCUUAUGUUUUUUCUGACCAAAGUUUAUUAUAUAUGAAAAAUAUGAAUAUCCGAUUUGAAUGUUUAGAUGCUCGUGAUGACUUUCGUGCUCAGUUGAAGUCUGGAAAGCUUGAUGUUACUAAGCUCCCUUCUUCUAUUCCUAUCCAAUUACAUGAAGACUUGGUAAAUAAACUUGAUGGCUCUCAGUUGGAUGUGAACUCAUCUGUCAUAGAAGACACUGAUUACAGUUAUGAUCAAUAUACUCAAGAUAAAAAAGGUUCAUUUUUCCUCAAAAGAGAAUCAGCAAUGAAGGCAAUGAAAGAUAUCUUAUUCAAUAGUGGAUGGGUUACACCAUUAACUAGUAAUAUACAACCAAAGCCCAUUCCUAUCUGCUCCCCCAUACCAUUGCCCAAAGAAAAACCUCAGCAUUGGGAUCUCAUUUUGAAAGGCAUGAGAGAUCAUUGA